AUGUCCAAUUCCAGAUAUUCGCAACUCGAGAAUAGAAAUGACCAGAAUUUAGAUAAUCUGGCAAGUAAAUUGGCAACCUUUAGAAGCAUAAACCAAGAUAUUGGUGAUCAGGCAGUGAAUGACAGUUCGGUAGCCAAUCAGGUAUCAAAUGCGUUUGAUUCUAUGUUGAAUAAUGUUAAAAACUCUUCACAACGACUAACGAGGUCGAUGAACAUAGGAAAUAACGUAUGGAAAAUGGUCGGUUUGACACUUUUACUCUUUUUCAUCUUGUAUACGUUAUUUAAACUAUUUUGA